AUGAAUACUACAGACCAAAAUUCCACCAAAGGGACAGUGGUCAGCAAUGAAAAUGGCGAAUCCUUACGCCUGGAUUCAGAACUCCAACUCGUGUCCUCACUAGCGAAGCUGCAAGAGCUAGAACGUAAGAUCCAUGAACUGCGGGAAUUUGUGCCACAGGGCCUCUUGGAACCCCUGGUGCCAAUCUCAAACCCAGAGAAAGUCACAGCCGACAACCCAGUCGCUGAGACACCACAGAUGUUCCGUGAGAAUUUGACUGAGGCUGCGCGUGCGCGCGUUGCUGAUGUUCAGAACUUUCAGUCGCUUUGGCGGGAUCCAACACUGAAGCCUGUGUGGGCACAUGUCGAAUCGCGCAUUAGUGAGUCGAAUGGUCAACUUCUGCAGCCGUCGGGGAAGUGGGAGAAGGACUAUGAUGUGCUUCUUGAGGAGUUAUCAAAGAAGGAGAAGACGAAAGAAGAUGAUCAGAAGCGAGAGGAGGAGGAUGCUGAGCGUGCUAAGGCCUUCUCUACCGAAGGAGAAUGGCAGGUUGUUUUGGAGCGGUUCGUUCAGAGGAAUGUGCCCGGGGUGCGGGUUAUCAAGGGCCAGGAUGAGACUUCUCUGGCUGUGGCACUCGUCCGGGCAGGUAUUGUCUUCCAGGUUCGGGGUGUGGCUGGGGCUGAUACUCCCAUUUCUGAGUGGGAGGUCUCGAGCAAGAUUGCGGGUCGGACGCCGACGAAAUUGGAGAUCGCCAUGUUGGACUGCUUGGGUUCGCGUCCACGCAAAUGGGAUCUUGCAUUCUUGCUAGAUAUGAUCUCUUCUUAUGCGGAUAUCAAGCAGACACCGUGUGUCAAGUGCAACCGCCUGACCAACAAUGGCGCUCAACUGCCAACUCUCCGCCGACCUCAGCCAUAUCAACAAUCAUCUGCUGAAGGACCACGCACAUAUACAUUCGACACAUUGCAUGCAGGUUGCAUUUAG